AUGCCGGAAAAUAAGCAACCGCCGCUCGACAGACUCGGCGCCUUGCCGGACGACGUUCUGCUACACAUCCUCUCUUUCCUCCCGACCCGCCUCUCUGUGUGCACCAGCGUCCUCUCAAGAACAUGGCGGUCCCUGUGGGCCCAUGUCCCCCUUUUAAGUUUCGGACAGGACGACGAGAACUACGACGGUUGCCUCGACUGCCGCUUGGCGGUCAUCGUCACCGACGUCGUGUCGGCGCUCAAAGGGCAAACGGUGCACACUUUCCUACUAACAAUUAAGUCUAGCUCCGACGAUUUUGAAAUCCAGGGCUGGAUUGCCGCUCUCAUUUCCCGCAAUGUCCGAAAUAUUUGUAUCAGUGUCUCCCUUCCUUGGGGCAAAUGGGUUAUGAUUCCCAAUUGCUUAUUAAUGUGUGAAACCCUAGUGGAAUUGAAUAUCAGUGGUGUUGUGAUCCCGGCGGCCGGCGAUGUGUGUCUGUCGGCCCUUAAGAGGCUUCAUUAUUGGGGGGCUGAAUCCUUGGCCCGCCUGAUAUCUGGCUGCCCGGUGCUUGAGGAUCUGAGCAUAUAUAUGUUAUAA